GUGUGUGUGCGUGUGCUGGCCUCGAGGGAAGAGGUAAUCUCCCUCGGCUAUAUAAAGGGAGUCAGGCAGAACCUCAACAGCACACUUCCAGAUCUUCAUCCACACGCUCCCACAUCAUCAUUUCUUCACUCAUCCUCAGCAGCCAUGCAUUUACUUCUCACUCUGCUGGGAGCUGUGCUCUCCUCCCUGAUGGUUUCUUCUGAAGUCCAACCUCAGGCAGACUUUGACGUACAGGCGAUCGCAGGUAAGUGGUACCUGAUUGGAAUUGCCACUGAUGCCCAGUGGUUUGUCAGUCACAGAGCCAGCAUGAAGAUGGGCACGGCCAUGAUUACCCCAACUGCUGACGGGGAUGUGGAGAUGUCAUAUUCCAGUCUUAGCCCUAAUGGCUCAUGUUGGAGAAUGAACAAUCUGGCCAAAAAAACUGAGAUACCCGGAAAGUUCACAUACACAAGUCGGCGCUGGGGGUAUCUCAGUGACUUGCGCAUGGUCGACGUGAAGUAUGACGAGUAUGCCCUGAUUCAUUCCAUCAAAACAAAGGGGAAAGAAAGCUAUGUUGUUAACAAACUAUAUGGGCGUGGUGUGGACCUCAGCGCUGAGGUGCAGGAGAAGUUCAUUCAGUUCUCCCUGCAAAGCAGCAUCCAGCCUGAAAAUAUUGUCAUCCUUCCCAAAAACGAUGAGUGCCCAGCUGCCUAACCUUGUGUCCAGGUGAUCAUCUCACCGAGGAGCUUUCACUGUUCUGAAAAUCUCAAGUCGAUGACCUGAGACCGUUUGCUUUUUACUUUACUAUCUCUGCUCUUUCAUUAUUAAGAAUGCUCAUAAUAUCACCAAAUUAUAUUCAUCACUUUGCAUUUAUCCACCUGCUGUUAUAACCACACAAAUAAAAAGGCUAAAAUCUUUUGAUUUAUUCAAUUUUUAAACAAAUACCUUGAAGUACAUCCAAAACCAUCCAAACCCUCUUUUUAACAAGUCUUUGUAUCUACAAAGAUUUAUAUACAAAAAAUCAUAGAAGACCUGUGAAUUAAAUAAAUAUUAAAUAUACAUAAUCACAGAAGAUGACCAAAAAACUGCACCAGUGUUCUGAAUUUGUAUCUACAAACAUGGAAGUUUCCCUUUCUACAGGCAAAAGUACAUAAGUAAGUCGCGAAAACAAGUUCAGCCCUUAGAUUUAAAACAGCAGCAGCAGAUAUACUGUUCAUCUCUCAUUUAGAUGAGACAAAGCAACACGGGUGAUAGACUUUGACCGCUUUGUCACAGCACACAGUGUUUAUUUGAAUCCAAACAAAAUACCCACCAAGUAUGAAGUGGAUCAGAUGAACUGUUGACCAGACAGAGACAAACGUACAGAUUGCUUGAGUCAUUAGUGCAAUAAAAUAUAUUUCUUUGACAGCAUCACUUCAUAUAUUUGUUUUCCAGGAUUAAAGAUCUAUUUAAACUGGCAAGGAAUGCAGGCAGGAGAAAUCAUUAACAGCAAAACACGCUACAUCUCAGCACUAGUGGUGUCAUGGUUUCAAAGCUGUGCAGUAGAGAAAAGAAUCUAAGGGAUUAUACAGAGGUGACCAAAGUUACAAACAAAUCCAGCUGUACUGGAAAUGUUUUCAGAGGUCCAAACUCUUUGGCUUUCUGCAGAGCAAAUAUAUAAGAAGUAUCCAAGCUAACUUAACUUUAGACAACAUGAGGAAAAAUGCCGCUUCCCAAAGUUUCCUACAAGUAUUUGGUUUAUAUUUAGAGAAGCAAAGACUCUUCAUCCUGACUAAUGUUCCCUGGUGGAUCUCUGUCCUGUGACAGCGCCACAGUAUAGUGUAUUAGUAUAAUCAAAGCCACUUCCCUAACCAAUUUUUAAAGCUAUUUAGCACAUGGACCCAAGUGCAAGUAGCCUCUGUCUGCUGUGUACAAAAGGUUAUAUCAUUAACCACACAGCAGAUACUGCACUACAAUAGUAUCAGCAGUUCACACAAAGUAACACAGUGCUCAGUGUUCUGUAAUAUUAAAGCAGUUGACAGUCUCGACCUUAAGAUUUCUAAGCUAUUUGUUGUAGACCAGGCGGGGACAAUUAACUCGCCAAAGGACCACUAAUUAAGGUUUACUCUUAAUAACAGUAGCAGUUUAUAUGAAUAUAUUGUUUAUGUGUGUUUUGCUUACUGGUGCAGCAACAGUCCCAGUGCUCCUUAGAAAAAUGAACUGCUCGUGCCUGAGCUAACAAUUUCAGUCACACCGAAUGUCUUUUAUUCACAGAGUUAGCUUAGCGACUUAGCUUAGCAA